AUGGACGAAGACGGCUGCUGUUCCUGCUGUCCUGUGGGAUGUGCCAAGUGUGCCAUGGGCUGCAUAUGCAAAGGGGCAUCAGACAAGUGUAGCUGUUGUGCCUGA